AUGCCAAUCUUCCACCCUAUGAUCUUCAAACCCGAAGUGGGGCAUAUAGUUCUCGCCCUUGGAUUGAAUACAAUGCCGGAUAAUUGUGAGCAGCACGGACCGUCCUAG